UUGGAUAGGUUUUUUCGAUGUUGAUUACACUCUCCUGGACUAGGUAGGGCCUUACCUCUGAAGGGAGUUUAGGGUACAUUUUAUUACGUUACCUCAUCCUUUUCAGUCUUUUAGGUCAAUAUUACUAUUGUUAACCAUGGCAGACGACGAAUUAGAGGCAAUUAGGAGUCAGCGAAUGGCGGAACUACAGGCAAAGCAAGGGGAUGCUUCAAAUAAUCAGCAGCAAGGAGAGGAGGCCAAACAAAGAGAAUCCGACAUGAGGAACUCUAUAUUGGCUCAAGUUCUCGACCAGUCUGCUCGUGGCAGAUUGAGCAAUCUUGCUUUGGUGAAGCCAGACAAGGCCAAAGCAGUUGAAAACUAUCUCAUUCAAAUGGCUCGUUAUGGAAAGUUGGGAGGAAAGAUUACUGAGUCGGGCUUGAUCGAGAUUCUAGAAAAAGUCAGUCAGCAAUCGGAGAAGAAGAUGACUGUCACAUUCAACAGGCGGAGGGUGAUGGACUCAGAUGAUGAGGAUGAUAACUAACUUUAAGCCCUGGAACAAGCCAAGAAAUUCGGGAGAGGAUAUGCUUCACUGGGACUCUGAUACCAUCUUUGACCUGAUAGCCGAAUCCUGGGAUGCCACACUAGCUUCUGUGUGUCUCUGGAAAACUACAUUACCAAGAGAGAAGAACAAAGUGGAGUUGACAUUGUGGCAUAAGUGCUGGGCGGUAGAAUACACACAGUAUCAAAUAAGGCGCUCUUCUGCGAUCUCUUUUCAACGAAGUUGCUACAAAUUUGCUCUGCAUGUGUCGUACCCCUGACAGCUCAUGGCACUGUUUGACUCCUCUAGUCCCUCUCAGUAGUUACUUGGUUUUUUUUCUCGUUUUUUUUCACCAUGUUUCCCUUCUGUUCUUCAAUCACAAGAUGUUAGACAAAAUGCAAAGCACACUGCUGCUGGUGCAUUUUAUCUCGACUGUUCUGUGAAUACAAUACAUUGUUCUAUAUUCAGGGCCAGCAUUUGGAUGUUGCACUUGGAUUUUUUUUUUUUUGCUAACAUGUAUCUUAAAUGUUUACAUAAAAAAUAAAAAAAAA